UUGCAACCUAUCAUUCUAACAGGAUAGGUUGUCACAAUGGAUCUGCACCAUAUUGAAGAUUGUGAUGCGAAAUUCCUCUAUCUUGAGAGCCUUGGACACGAAGUAUCGAGUUUCGUCAAUGGCAUUGUGUCAGCUAUCUAUCUUUUCAAGCAAUGUAUAUGAGUGAGAGGAAGAUGCACUCUGCAGCUAGGUUAGAUUCACUAAUACGCCCCAUUUUGUCCGCAAAAUACGAGAUCAAUGCUCAGAUAAUUCUUGAAAAGUGGGCUGUUAUCAGCCCCUCCACUAUCAUUUACUAUCACUUAUUAAAGAUUACUCCAUCAUACCGCUCUGUGUUAUUUUUUAGCUUCGUCAUCUAUCCUCUACAUAGCAAAGCUAAGCUUCGGUUAUCAACUGUGGAGAAUCUUAACACCUUACUCCAUUAAAAUCUCCAGAUUGUGCUGCGCCCAGAUACGAAAAGUGCAACGUUACUCAAUUAACCGCAGUUUAGACCACGGUACUCGUGUAUAAAUCAUUAGCCGACAGACCCAAUCCACUAUCUCGGAGUUACGACCUGAAUGGGAUCUUGACUUCGCUAUUGAUGAUGCGAAGUUUCCGGCGGGCCCAUUUUACCCCGCAGUCAUCAGGCUUCAUGCCAUCCUUGUACGGAGUAUUUACGUUUCUUUUUGAUGGCAGGGAUAUAUUCAAGAUUUAUAUGCAAAGGACUUUCCCCGUCCAAUAUCAGUAGUAAUAAUUAUCUUUUCGAGAUGGGUCUUCUGAAGGUUGCUGCACUAUUUUUCAUCGUCGGUGCGACUGCUCGGGCUGACUCCUUUGUUGCUAAUUUACCCUACAAUGCCCAGGGACUCUUCAAUGAGUCUAUGGACUACCUGGAUAGGGCCUAUGACAACUCAGCUGGUUAUCUCUAUGAAACAGGCGGUGCUGCGGCGUUGAGACACAAUACUAGAAGUUCAGCAUGGUAUGCCAUUGGACUUCUGGCAAGAAAUGAAGGCUCGGAUGUAGUCGAAGCCGAGAGCAUAAUUGUAAACGUCAUCAAUGGCCAGUUCAAGGAUCCUAAAGCUCAGUGGUGAGUUUAGCCAUUCCCAGAUUGCAUGAGCCAACAGCUGACAACUAUAGGUAUGGGGAUUAUCAGCAAGAACCAGAAGAACCAGAAUUGGGAAGCCCGUACUACCCACCGGUGAUGUAUGGUUCUUGGGAUCCGAAUUGGCGUGGUUUCAUAGCAACUGCUUUUAUUGUUGGUCUUGAAGAAUUUGGCAGCUUCAUUUCGCCAGAAGUGACUAGCCUGAUGCUAGAAUCUUUGUAUAACUCGACUGUAGGCGACAGUUAUCGUGUUGGUGGAGUGGACGGUGAUAAUCUAUAUCCUGCUUAUACCAAUCCUGUAAGUGCUUCAUCCAGCCUUCGAUAGUCUCUACUAACGAGAUAUUAGUCAAUAAUGCGCGCUUUCGUUUCUGGGUGGACUGGCCGCCGGCUAAACGACGGCAAUAUGACAACCGCCGGAGAGAACUAUGCUCAGCAAAUUAUUGACUUGUUUGACCGAGCCAAUACUCUUUCAGAAUUUAACAGCGGCACUUACACUGGAGUUUCUUUAUUUGCUAUGACUUUAUGGGCUAAGUAUUUGCCUGAUGACUCCGUGAUGAAACAAAGAGGUGCCUCGAUGAUUCAGUAUACUUGGGAAGCAGUAUCAAAUCUGUGGCAUCCUCAGCUCCUGAAUGUUGGAGGUCCUUGGGAUCGUUCGUACGGGUUUGACAUGACGAAGUACCUUAGCUUGCUUGCACUUCACAUAUGGAAUGCGGUGGGAAAAAACAAGUCAUCAAUCAUCGACAAGCCGUACAUCAUGUCACAUAAUUCCGAUUUUGCGUAUGGUCCAUUAUUCGCAAUCUUGUCUGAAUUUCACAACAGCUUAAUUCCCAGCAGUGUGAUUGACGCACUUGAAAGCUUCAAAGGCGAGCAUACAUUCACUUCUUCAACGUAUUCUCCACCAUUUGAUCUUUACCCCCGCAACAUUACAGCCUGGCUUGCAAACAACAUUAGCAUUGGCGCGGAAACAUUCAAUGAAAAUGUUAUAGGUGGACCUGCUAAGAAUCAAGACACUUUCAAUCCCGCUCUUAUGCAAUGGAAUACCGGUGAUGGAGUUGGAUGGCUCACACUCUACGCGACGGAAAUGCAUGUCAUUGCCGAAGCCGGUCCGGGUUCGUUGAACUUGACCUAUCCGGAAGGAAAUGAUACCUCAAUAUUUACCUUUCUGCUCUCGCCAUUUACCGCAAAGAGGACCAUUUCAAGCCUUGAGGAUAUCCAAGGCUUGAAUCUGAAAGUUUCUGGCACAGUUGACAUGAACUAUACGCUGUCAUUCGCAGGAGGUUUUGGUGGUGCGGAUACUACCAUUAAUGAUUUCGAGUUUUGGAAUGUUACCUUCACAAUGCCGACUAACUCGACGAAAGUGCCACAUCUACUUCUCGAGGUGAACCUUUGGUGAGGGACCGCAUUAAAGGUGUAGAGAUGAUAUUAGAGCUAGCCUCAAUAAAGCGAUACACACGAUGCGUUACUUCUUGCUAUUUGAACUAUAACACUUGCAUAUUUGGUAGGACUAAUAGCACCCAACCAACGGUUUUGAGAUAAAUCGUGGCAAGAUAUGGAAUAACAGUACAUUGGAUUGUCACAUUAUCCUGAUCUGAUAUUCUUGCUCACUCUCUAGCUUGUCCUCAGCAACCUAUUUGUUUGUUUCGGAUGAUACAAAGCACGAGGAAAGUAAGGAGACUUCCGAAGGAGCACGAUUAAAUAGCUGCAGCAUCAUACAUAGCGUAACACCAUGCCGUCUCCUUUGAUAACAUCGUUCUACAUUCUGUCUUUGAUCUCCAAUCAAUAAUUCUAUUCUUUUUUACUACAGCCAUCGCAUGAUUUGGUUUCCCAGUUUCUAAUUGAAUCAUAAUUGCUGGUGAUGAUUAUUAUCAGGUAGGAGGAAUGUAGAUUUAGGCAUCUCAUUUUUCGUGGCCGUGGUUGGCGUUGGUAACCUAAGGGGUAUUCCAGCGUAGUCGAUGGGUGGUUUGAGUUGAUGGGUUCGGUAUAGUAAACACAAUUAUAGGCAGGAUGGCUUAGAAAUUUUGCCUAAUUAUCAAUUAAUUGAUAAAAUUGAUAGGUUUUGUAUUUAUUUUCACUGGAUUGAUUAAAACAGAAAAAAGCAGUUUAGGAUUUU